GUGAGUGCAGUCAGCUGCUUUCCGCAAAGUGGAAUACAGAAAGGAGGUGGCAGGAGAGAUAAGAAAUGUAUGUCCAUGGCUCACAGAUGAUGACGUUACGGUAGCGAGACAACUGUUGUGGCCGCCUCCGAUCUAGCAUUAAAGCAGAUGGAUUUGUAAAAUGCUACGCGAUCGUGAAAGCGCUUUUUAUGCAGUAUGUUCUGGCUGCUGUGCUUGCGCAGCCAGUCUAUUUGGAAAAUUGGCCGGGAAGGAAGACCUACACUCGAUGGUUUCUGUAGUUACAGCAACAGUGUUUAUGGUUUUAAUGAUUGUGACUAAUGCUGCAGUAUGGACAUUUUUUGUGAAAGCCCUCCGUUCUUCAGACACAUCAUUGUUUCCUACUGUGGCAAGUUCAGCAACAAAUUACAUAUGUUCUGCCAUGGCAGGAUUCUGGUUCUUUGGUGAAAUUACCUCAUUAAUGUGGUGGACAGGUACAUUUCUUGUUCUGGUGGGCUUGUUGCUCAUAUGCCAGUAUGAAAGUAAUGAGAAUUUGCAGAGUAAACUAAAAUAAUAACUUGUUAGAGAAAUUUAUGUCUUUCGUUUUUGUAAUAUGAGGAUGAAAGUUUUCCUUUAGUGGUUAUUAAGUAACUCGGUAAUUGUGUGAAAUAACUGAAAUCAGGAUAUGCUAAUACUUUGUAAGUCUAGUAAUUGCACAUGCCCAAUAGUGUUGAGAGUUGUCAGAUGUAAACAGAUUUUCCAUGAAAAAGAUGUACAGCAUUCCAGAGGAUUUUUACAGUCAAAAACAAAAAAAAAAAAAAAAAAAAAUGAUUGUACUUGUUUCAUAUGUGCCUCCACAUUACCACUUCAUGGUUUCACCAUGUACCUCAUGAUCUGACAUAAAAUUCUCCCAAAUGGAUAUACAUUUAGUAACUGAAUCUUGUUUUCUUGAGAGUAAAUAUUUUUUUU